UCCAAAAAAAUCCUAAAUUAUCUGAAAAGAAAGAAUGCCACCUCCUUAUAGAAGAGCAAUUUGAAAAAAAAGCAAAAAAUGCGAAUGAGGAUAGUCUUGAAUUAUUUCAAACGAUUUAUUUAGAAUUUGAAACAGUAAAACAUUGUAGUGAUGAAGAAAUUGAAAG